CACUCUAACAACAUGACCAUCCACACGUUCAUUUGAUUUCCAGUUGUUCUUAUUCAUUCAUCUUUAAAUAUCCCAAUAAAAUCAAGGAAAAAUUGAACAAAUAAACCAACGAUUUCUUCACGAUGUGGCUGACGGACGGCUCUCCGGUGACCUUCGCUCCGGUGCUCCUCCGAAACGUCGCGAUUGCCUUUCUGAUCUACGCCGAUAAAUUUCUCGUUUAUUUGGCCAAGAGGUACAGACCCUUUCACGCACUUCGCUACCUUUUAUUCUCUUCCUUCUUCUUCCUCCUCCGCUUCAUUCCUUCUUUCUUCUUCGGUUUCCUCGUCCCAUACGUAAAAUCCUUCGCUUCCGAUAACUAUACUCUCACCCUGCCGACAAAAGACAACCGCGUUGCCGUCUAUGGCGGAGGUGUAGGAGGAGGUUCUGGUAUUGCUCGAGCCCUCUCACAGCUGUUGUCGAUUGUAACCGACAUUCCAGUGAGUUCAAGAAAGUAUGAGGUUGUUCGAUCUUUAGCGGAGAGGAUUAUUGAGGAGAAUCACCUGGAGGGGAACGACUUGCUGCACGAGGUGAAUCGUUCAGUUCUUUCGUCGGCGUUCGAGAGGACUUUAAGUCGGCUGGAGGCUUUGGUGGUAGAGAGCGGAGAAUGGGGAUGGGGAACCGGGAAUGGACCGGGGGAGUACCCUUGGAGCCGGGUUACGAGAGCCGUUCGGACGGUUUGGGCUGUUCACUCCAGCCUGAGAGGACACUGGGAGGCGAACCGGUGGGAUUUGAUUUCGGCGGAGAAGCUGGCGUCUGAGUUGUUAUGGCUUGCUCAGAAGUUGGUCGCUUGUGGCUCUGGAGAUGAAGCUGUAAGACAGUGGGCGGCGGCGUCUAAUUUGUCUUGGCUGGUUCUUGCGGCGGAGCCGCGGUUGCAAGGUUCCCUCGUCAAAGUCGCAGCAUUAUUAUUCAUGGAAGCCAAAAGCAUGGGACAAGACGCAACUAAGGAAGGCAUCAAGACGGAGCCACACAAAGUGACCAAGCUAAAGAUGUUGCAGACAUGGCUGCCAUUUUUGUGCAGAGCCAGCAAUGGCACGGACGCACCAGUCCUGAGCCUAAGCGAGAGGUCCGAGUUGGAGAAAGUGUUAGAAGAAACCAUUGAAGAGCUUGAAGACGAGCAAGCUCAAGAGCAGGUUCUGUUCCUCUGGCUUCAACAUUUCACACGUUCUUCUUCUUCUGAUUGGCCCAACCUCCAUGGCUGCUACGCUCGGUGGUGCUCUGCUUCUCGCCGGCAAUUAAUGCUUCUCCAAUAGAAGAAGAAGAAGAAGACGGAGUUGGAUGGGAUUGAUUAUAAUGGGUUUCGUGCAAUGAAUGAUAUGAAAGCUGUUGUUGUUAAUUGGUAAGGCUGCUGAUAGAGACGGUAUAGAUUUUUUUAAUUCAUAAGCAGCAGCCAGGUUCAUAUUUUGAUCAAAUAUAAUGCAUCUCAAAUGUUUGAUGAGAUGAUUAUUCAUAUGAUAUUGCUACUAGUUUUAAGUUAGAUUGUACAGAAUUUUUAACCUAUGUGCAGAGGUUUUUUUUUUAAUUAAUUUUUU